UUAUAACUAUAAUUGAUACAAAUGAUGUAAAAUACGUUCAUGUCACUUUGUUCUUUUCUCUUCUGAUUUACAGGAGUGUGGUUUGUUUCGAUGUUGUUUGCGCUUCCACCAGCCCUAGGAUGGUCAAGUUACGAGUUCGUCUCUGACAGAGCAAUCUGCACGCUGAAGUGGUCGACGAACAUCUCUUACACCGUCUUCGUCUUCUCUCUCGGGAUUUUCUUCCCCUUCAUCGUCAUCUUCGUCUCCUACUUCCGAAUCUUCCGAACGGUCCGGGCCAACUUCCGCAGGAUGCGGUCACACCGCGGAAGCGGAAAGGUGUACCCAAGGUCAGAGGGCGGAGCAGGGUCAUCGCGCAGGCCUACUGAUGUCAGCGGUCAGAUGGGGAGCAGGGGAAGUUUCGCUAGAUCUUCGUGGUCAAAUGGCAGUCGGCAAAGUCGUUUCAACAACGCGGGUUCUAUCAGGAAUGAAUUUGGUUCGCAGCAUCUGCAGUUGCCGCCAGCGAACGGUCACUUGGGCAGACAGAACCGAAUGCACAAUGCCCCUUCCUUGAAUGGAAGGACUCCGGUUAUGCGGACUGUUAGUGAUAUUUCAAGCGAGAUUGGCGGUAAUGGUCGCAGUCUGUUUGCAUCGAGUCUAGCCCGUCAGAUGUCACUUGAUCGUGAUAUCUUAACCAUUAGCCCAUGUGCAUCUGCUAGCACUUUAGAUCACCACGAGGACGAGGAAGAAUCAGAGAGGGGAAGUGUCAAAUCACCUACUCUGGAAUCAAAAGGACGGAUAUCCGAUUACCUGGUGCAGGACACUACCUAUACUGCCGGGCCGAAUGCACCAGGUGACUUGCAAUCUACUGAAGAUGGCAUCCGGGCAUCCAGACUUUACAAAAGACGCGAGCUCAGAGGAGCAUCGGGAAAAGUUGCAAUUCAGCUUACAUCGGUGGAGGAGCCCAAAACUACUCCCAUCAAUUUUGAGACCAGCCCUGUCGGAGCUUUGAGCCUUGCGUUGGCCGAAAGCAGCAGAGGACAAAACAUUCUCCAAGUACAGACAGCCUUGAACGCCGAACGGUUUAACCAGACGAGCCGCGAUUUACGUCCGAUACCGUCUUCAGCGCAGGAACGACCCAAAACGGCGGGAUAUUACGACGUUGAUAGAGUUAACAAUAACAACGUCCGCAGGUUAUCGGUACGAUCUCUACGACAUUCGUUUCGUCCUUCAUCAGCGCGGGACCGUUCACAGACACUUACAUCACAAAACUCGACAUCUGCAUCGAAUAAUGACGAAUUAAGAGUGACGCUGAUGGUUUGCGCCGUCCUGAUCUCGUUCGUUCUUUGCUGGGCACCCGUAACCAUCGUCAGUUUCAUCGCAGUACUAAACGUGGAAAUUCCCGCACAGGUCGAUAAGUUUGCAGUUUUUAUGAUGUUCUUGAGUAGUGCCGUUAACCCAGUGAUCUAUGGGUUGAUGAAUCGAAAGUUUCGGUUGGGUUUUAGUCGUCUGCUCUGCGGAUGGAGGACGGGCAAGCUGGGUAGCAACGGCUCAAAUCGGUCCAAGACACGCUCUAGGAACAAACUCAAGAAAAAUGGCGUGGGACUACCAGGCCAACAAGUGGAGCGAGACCCAGAGACGGGUAUUACGACGAGACGAUGAUAAUUGUAUUUGUUUUCUGCACAUUUAUAUCCAUUUAUUAUUUUUGUACUGCACAAGACUAACAUUGAUAUUUUUCAGCAGUGAAAGAGCAUUCAUUACUUGUUGCCUUAUGAUUUUUUUUUUUUACUGCAAAACUGAAAAUGGGCAAUCAUAUUGUGCAAUCAUAUUGUGCAAUUCGUCAUGAUUUGCAGAAAAUUGCAUGGCAAUUUAGACUGAGAAUCAUGUGGCCCUUAAUGGCCUUGUCCGUGAAUCGCUCUUCAUUUACAUAUAAAUGUAAGAAUAUGAGGUGGGGUAGGGUGGGGGUGUUCUGCACUCUGCAGGCUGCAACUAUGAACUCAUAUUCAGGCGGAACUGUGGUCAUAAUCCUGCCUAAUAUACCUCAAUUGGUACAAUAUAACCACACAACUUGAUGCAUAAUGUUUACCAGAUCUUAGAAGAAACAUUUUGUUCGCUCGUUUCGCUAGCUUAUAAAUCUAGGUCAUUGUUAACAUAACGAGCUAUCAUGAGAGAAAAGAAACGUCAAGGAUAACACGAAGACAGGAACAGUUGAAUACUAAUUAUGUAUUAAUCGGAUGAAGUAGCGAUGUGAUAAUAUCAUUUCACGUUUAGAUAUAUUCGGUUAUCACUGCAGAUAAAUACUGGGAAAACCUGAGCCGAAACACCAGAAUGCGUAAUCGAUAAAGUAUGUAAUUCUGAAGAAAAAAGGGCAAAAUCCUACGACGGACUAUUUCAUUGUUGUGUAAAUUUGAAAUACGAAUUGUUCAACAUAUCUUGCCACAGUAUUUCAGAAAACGGCUCGUCAGGUAGUUUUUUUUUUAUCAAAGUUUAUAUGAAUCUCCGAAGGAGUUUUUUUAUCAUUAUCUUAUGAUUUUAUAUUAUAUCUAAAUAAUGUGUACAAACAUAGACACAUGUGAACACCUGUAUUAACGCAAUCACCCACCCAAUCAUAGGAUUUAAGCUUUGGAUUUGCAUUCAUUUUAAUCGUUUAUUUCACAUAACCUUCGAUUGAAAAUAAAUAUCUGAAACUUUAUUUAAUUGCCCCGUAAUAUUAGAAUACUAUAACAUAUGUACAUUAAAUGUACUAUACAUGCUAAUGUCAAACACUUUUUAUUCCGUGUAACCAGGUAAGCUAAAAAUAAAAAGGGUUUAAAUUUAUAUUCAUUAUUUUCAAAAUAUAUUUUUAAAGAAUACUUUGAAAUGGUGAUUAAUAUUGAAAAGAGGAAUUAGGGGAGCUAUAUAUAGUGACCAAAAUAGCAAGCCAAGUGAAAAGUUAUGGUACUUGUAGUGAACAGAAUAAAAUUAUAAAUCGAAGAAAGACGAGAAGAAUAGGAUAAGAGGAAGAGGAAGCUAAAGACCCUGUCGGAUGUGAAAAUGAAAUAGAUGAAUUAUAUAUCAACAGAAAGCUUAUAUAAGACAGAGUACAAUAAUAUCAAUUGUAUGCUAUUUUGGAGGGGUGCAGAAAAAGAGGUUUUGAUUUGCUUAUGUGCAAUACCGAGAAGGCAAUUAUUUGUUUAUUCCUUUAUAUUGGUAUUCUAUGUUCAUUCAGCUUCCCAUUGGUAGAUAAAGUUGUAUUUUCAUCGGAUAAGGUCUUUAAAGGAAGAAAAAAAAAGAAAUAGGCGCAUCAGAAGAAGCUGUAGCUGUUGUAGGAUUUAUUAGUAGCAGAAGUAGUAGUAGAAGGACCAGUAUUAGCAUUCAUUACUAGAUGUUCUUGGAAUAAAAAAAGACAAGAAACCUGUUGAACGCCAUCAAUGAAAUUAAUGCCCGGUCAAUGGAUCAUGCACAAUUGGUCCUGUCUAUCUCAGUUGUCUUAUGUCCUUGUGGUUCUACGUCCUACUAAAUAUCCUCCUUCGUCCAGGUAAUUAUUGGUCCCGUUGGUCCAAGCGAAGGAUCCAGGAGAGGGAGCUAAAAUUACAAUCGCAAGCCUAUACCAAAAGGGCACCUGAAAUAUGAAACCUUUUUUGUUGUGGUUGCAUGUCAGACUUUGCCCCCCCCCCCUCCCCACCUUUAUCUUGGACCUGUGAUUCAUUGGAAAUAAGUAAGGGCAAGGUUUAAUGAAACAUAGGAACAAAUAAACAUGAUCUAUUGGAUUUAUAAAUAAAAAGGUACCAUUGGCCGGACUAGAAGCUCAUGCUAAAGUUCUUAACCAGAAACAUUUUUAGAAUUAAUAAAUAGAUUUAAGAGCAUUGGUAGUGGAGAUAUAUUAUUUUGGCGCUACCCCCAAUAAAAAUCAAUAAAGCUUAACACAUGUCUUCAGAGGAAUAGUGGUGGGUCUUAUAUGGAAAAUUAAUCGCUCAAAUCAAUAAACAAUUUAAAAGAAAAUCUUUAGAUGAUAGCAAAUGUCUUUCUAUGAAGGCCUUUGCUUAUAUUUGUAUUUGACAACUCCAAGUUUGUAAAUUAAGAUUACCUGAAAGUCUGAAGAUAAAUGAAACUACAACCUUAAUCAAGAAGAAGAUCAUCUUAUUUAUCUGUGAGCGAUAGUUGAUGAAAUCACAUGAAUUUUUUUCUUCAUAUUUCUAUGUUUUAAUUCACAACUGAAUUUUGUGCUAAUACUGAUUUUAGUGUUAUUUUCUACAAAUUGAUAUGAUGCAGUAUUGUUGAAAUGCAUAUUAUCUAUUCUGGAUUAUGAAUAAAAGAUUUAUAUUUGAUAAGAGAAAAUAGUUUGUUAUUGGUGUAAAUUAUUUCAAUGCGAGUCAUUUUUAAAACAGAGUACUCUAAGAUAACA